UCAUUUGGUAAUUACUCUACUCUUCCUUAAUUUUCCAAAUAAAAAUCAACUUGCAUUUUAUCCAUCCGGGUGAAAUGUAAGUGUCUGAGGCCAAUAAGAUCUUUGUCUGAGGCAAUCCGAAAUGUAUAAUGCCGAAGGUGUAAUAACACGGAAAUGAUACUGACUCCAUCGAAUGUAAAACUCUAACGAUGCCUGGCUCACAUAUGAAUCAUCUAAACAUUUUAAGAGUUUGCAACCAUCGGUGUACGUUGCAGAGGCGAAGGAUUUAUCUUUGAGAGAUUGUACUUCUCGAAAGCAGGCGCCAAGGAUAGGACUACAAUCCCAGAAUGCUCAGAGUCGGUACACAUUGCGCAGUGCUGACCAAAGAUCAUAGAGCGGACCGUUGGUGCUGACGGCGGGAUAACGUUUCAAAAUGGCGGCAGAUUUGAGCGUGGCCCGGGACUGUUGGGAUUGUCCGUUAAACUGUCGCUCGUGCGCGUGCUAGCUGCAGGCUACGCUGCACAGAAACUAAAGGAAACGAUUUAAUACUCGGAUUGUCAGUCAGCCCUGGGUUAAACUGAACGACUGCAGUCGUGCAAAUUGAGGUAAUUAUUUGUGCAAAAUUGUGAAAUGCUGGGUACUUCAAAGCAAGACUUGAAAUUUUCUACGUGAUCCAGAUAAUUUGAUGGAGACUUCUGAAAUGUCUGUGAUUAUUAACAGCCAGGGGCAAAACUUCUUAGCUGAGUGGACAACGAAUGCUACUCGUGCGGGAGUAAUACUGAAUCCUCCUCUUAAUUUCAAUGAUGUGUACACCUCCCCUCAGGAGUGCGGAAGUAUAAAUGACUCGUUCACUACUGAGUUUGCUCCACUACAAUUCUCAAACAACAGUAGUUGCUUCAGCUUGGAUUCUCUUUGUAAUGAGCCUGUUUUGGCAGUAUCCACGCAGAAUGGAAAUGAACAAUCUGUUUUUGAUGGUGCAUUGUCUUCAGAUCCUUGCCCAAAAACAACACAGCAUACAAUUUCUUCUCAAAAUGGUUUAUUAUCCUGUAACAAUAUGGCAGGGAAGUAUGCUGAUGUAUCUAAUAAUGACCUCAUGCAAAGACUUGAACAGUUAAGAGAGUGGCAACAGGAAAGGCAAGAGCAACUGAAGAAACAGCAUCAACAGCAGCUCCAGCGAUUGGUAAAUGAACAGCAAACACUACUUGGUCUUAUGGGUACCCAAGGAUACACAGAGACUUUAAGUAGCUUGGAUGAUAUUGAAAACAAAAUUCCAUUAAAAGUUGUCCUGCAACAAGAAGCACACAUGGCACAAGAGAAUGCUUUCCCUGAGGGUGAGAUUGAAGUUCACUGUGAAGAAAGUUCUGAAUCAACAUCUUCAAGAGAACCUUUUAAUAUACAUCAGAGUAAUAAGGAUUCUAAAAGUGGAACAUCAAUUCAAAGCCAAUCUGAAAAAGCUUAUUCUGAUGAUCCGCCAUCCUUUAACACUCUAGAAGACAGACCAAUCAAGCCUGGAGUCAGUGGAGGAAAAAAAACAUUUGAAGAGUUCCUGGAGAAGCAGAUGAAAAUGGAAGAACAGAGACUGCAACAACAGCAACUUGAACUGAAGCAAUUACCGUUACUUCCAGAAUUCUCUGAGGAUAAAGGCACCAAAAAUAAGUUUUUGAAGCGUGGUGAAGGACUAGCAAGAUUUUCAAAAAUCAAGUCGAGUAAUGUAGCAACUAUCAAACCCGAUUGGGAAGAAAACCUAACCGACCAGGAUUCUGUAAGUUUAAAGAAGCCAACUUGUCAACCGAUGCUGAGGAAAUUGACACUUUUAAACAAGGAAAGACAUAAUACCGUCUCAACCAGGAUUGGCAACAAACCAAAGGCAUUUGGACAAGGAAAGAACUACUCUGCACUGUGCAUUAAAAAAGUAGCUGUCUCAGGAAAUUGUAAUGAAGAUGAUGUCUUCCAGUCACCUCGGCAGGCAGAGAAAAUAAUACAUGCAUCCGAAGUUCAUGUUCAAAAUGUCUAUCAAACAGGUUGUAUAAAUGUGGUUCAGGAGUAUGAACAAAUAAAGACAAAACAAAUUGGACAAGACGGUAAAUCUCUGCAAAAACUAACAUCAGUAUGUAAAGCUGAGAGAUUGCAAAAAAGUGCAGAAAAUAUACUUCCCACUUGCCCAACUGAAAGAGCAAAAAGUGGAGUUGAGAAUUCACUAGAGAGAUCAUUUCAGAAAAAGGUGGAGAACUGGAACAAGGACAAUGCAAAAGAAAUCGUUGAAUUGAAUGAGUUUGAGUUUUUGGAGCAGGCAGCUGAAGAACUUUCCUUCUCCAGUAAUUCUUCUUUUGUGCUAAAAAUGGUACACAAUGAUUGGCAAUACAACAAAGAUCGCAGGUUGUCCUCCACCCCAAUAAAAUCUGUUCAACAUCAUAAAAUGCUUGAAAGUUCACGUGAUACAAAGCACACCAGAAAUCUGGCUAAUAGGGAUAAAGAAAAUGUUAAAAGUAAUUGUGUGGUAUUAGAGACAAAGUGCAAAAGUAUUUUUGAUCCACCAGUCAGCAAUGAAGCAGUGAAGCAAAAUGUUGAAAGUGAUUCCCAAGAAUAUCAGUAUGCUAUUAGUGACACCACUUCAGAUUCGGAGGGAGAUCUUGAUUGUACACUGACAAAUGACAAUAAAACACGGGUGCGGUCAGUGAUCUGCAGUAGUGACAAAGAAGAUGAUCCUAAAUCUGUGUGUGGAAAACAACCAACGGACAGUUUCAACAAAGACAAGAAUAUGGACACGGAUCUUGACCUGUCAUCUGAUGAUGGUGACGAUGAUGAUGAAAUGGUGACUAUGAUAGAAAAAGAUAAACUUGGGUUGAGCCAGAAAGCAGAUUCCUCUCUCUUUUAUACUGCAAGCAAAAUCAGCACAUCUUUGCAUCAAGAAAAGGUUGAGUUUGAUGAUGACCAAACAUGGACUGACCAAGAUGAAACUGAAUUCAUUAAGGUUGAAGAUAGCUCAGCAGUGCCUGUCCAUACCUCUGUAUUAGUAACUCAAAGUAUCUCUUCCAGUAAAGUUACUGAGGAUAAAGUUAUGAGAAGAAAAAUUGCUUCUGCUAAAAAAGAGAUUGAGUGUGAAAACUAUUUGAACAAAAUUGAAGAAUCCCCUCCUACAUCGGAUCUAAUCACAAGAUUAUUUCCUUCACUGAAACCCAAGUCAAAGCCUGAGUCUCUUCAAGGGCUGGAACAGAAAUCUAAAAUCGUGAAUGACAAACCAUCAGGUAGUGGUGUCCAGUCCAAGUUGAUGCAAGAGAAACUAUUAGAAUUGGAAUUUGAAAUUAACCAGUUUCGAGCAGAAAAUACUUCACUGGCUAAACUCCGAGAUGAUAAAGAGAAAGCAAUGAAGGACCUUAGUAAAGAAAUUGCAGACUUUGAACGUAAGAAAGCUGAGGAGCUGACUCAGUUGGAAGAACACAAAAAAGAAGAAUUAAAACGACUACAAAAAGAGCGAAUGGUUUUUGAAAAGUACGCUGCAGCAGCAAGAGCUAUUCCUGACAAAAGGGAAAGAGAAGAGAUAAAGGUUCUGAAACAGCAGAUUGCAGACUUGCAAGAAGAACUGAAACGAAAAGAAUUAAGAUGGUCAAGUACUUACACAAGACUUCGAAAUCAGAUUGAUGCACUAACUAAGGAAAACCAAGAGCUUCAAGAUGAGGUUAAGGUAAUGGAAAGACUUCGGUUAGAAACCUGGAAGAAAACUGACACAGCAAUGGAGAAGAAAGCUGAAAGCUCUCUACCACAGCUUAUGAAAAUGGAAGUGGUCUCAUCAGAUGUGAUGAAAAAGGAAAGCGAUCCCAUUCCCAAACAGACAAAUGGAGGCAGAAAUCCACAAGCAACAGGAAAGAAAAGUUCACAUAGAAAUGAGCAGACUUUCCCGAGAAAUGUUAAAUUGAUUCAUCCUGUGAAAAUCACUGCUGCUAUAAUGACCAGGAAUGGCUUGAAGGAAAAUUCAACUUUAAUGAGGAAUAUGGAAGACACUAAUGUGAAUGAUACUGCAGUAUCUGCAAUUAAUCUUUCAGUGCCAUGUGAAAGCUCACUAAACCAAGAGCUGGUUUCAGCACCAGCUAGUUCGUGUCUUGAAUUUAACGGAGCCAAAGAUGAAAUUCAAGAAGAGAUUAAAUACUCGGAUGGAAAGGUCGAGCAGGUAUUGAGAAGUGGACGACAUAUAAUUAUCUUCUCUAAUGGUACGCGGAAAGAAGUGAGCACAGAUGGGAAGACCAUAAAAGUAACUUUCUUCAAUGGGGAUGUAAAGCAAAUGAUGUCUGACCAGACCAUAAUAUACUAUUAUGCAGAUGCACAGACAACACACACAACUUAUCCUGAUGGACUUGAGGUUUUGCAGUUCCCAAAUAAUCAGAUGGAGAAGCAUUACCCAGAUGGCAGAAAGGAAAUCACGUUUCCAGACCAGACCAUCAAAUACUUGUUUGCAGAUGGUCACGAGGAGAGUGUGUUUCCCGAUGGAACAAUAAUACGUGUACAGCUUGACGGUAACAAGAUUAUUGAAUUUAAUAAUGGGCAAAGGGAAAUACACACACCAAACUACAAAAGACGAGAAUAUCCUGAUGGAACUGUUAAAACUGUUUAUCUAAAUGGCCAGCAAGAAACAAAGUACAGCUCAGGAAGAGUACGAAUAAAAGACAAGGAAGGCAAUGUAAUCAUGGACAGUAAACCUCAUUGAUGUUUUUUUUUUAAUGUACUCAACAUUCUUUGACAUUAAAAAAAAUACAAUUGUAAAGAUUUCAUGCUUGUAUUUUUCAUGCAAAUAUUUGUAUUAAAAUGUUAACCAUGUGCUUCUUUAAAUGUUUAUAAUAAAUGUACUGAAUUAUUUAUGUUAAUUAUGGAAUUAAGGUAAAACUACAUGAAAGUGAA